GAAAUAAAUAAUAAAUAUACACCUAAUAUAAUCUUAUAUGAUAUAAGAACUAUUUCAAAAUUGAAAUGUUAUUUUAAGAUUUUACACGCUAACGCGAGUUAUAUGUAAGUUCGUAUAUUUUUUUGUACAAAUGAAAUUCCAGAUGAUAUUAAAUAGUAGUAAAUGAAUAGGCGUUCAUUAAAUAUUCACCUAUCACUUCGGCAGUCGUUGAAAAGAGCAUCUCUAUCAACAAAAAUUUAAUGGUGGAUACCUAACAGAAGGUCCUUUUUAUUCUAAAAUCUUAAACAAUCGCAGGUGAUUCAGUGUAUAACAGUUCAGCAUACAGCUAAAUUAAUAUAUGAUCCAAAUAUAUCAAAAUAGUUUAAAAAAUAUAUAAGGAAGUAAUUGUUUUAUCGGAUUAAAAGAACUCCAAGUUGAAAUUUGGACUAUGGAAAAAUUAUUUUUAUCAUUUUUAUUUCAAUUUAAUAUAUGAACAAAUAUGAUAGACAAAUGGUAUCAAAUGUUGAUACACUAAAAAAGAUACCCAAUGUGGAAAAGGCAAAAAACUCCUGCAGUCCCUAAUCAGUAGCAACAGCGCGAAUGUAGAUUCGCUCAUAAAUUAAUCAGAAAACAGCAAUGAAGAACAGACAUUAGAAUUUAAUUCUUUGGAUUCGUUUGACGCAUACAAUUCAUUCAACGACCGGUCGAAGUUAUUGGCUUUAAAAUGCGAAGAAAAAUCGGUGACGUUGAGAGUGAAUUUUAUAACGCCCAAUAUGUUCCAGAAAUUGUCCCAAUUAUUAUUAACACUAUGAAACUAUUUCCUUGUUGGUCCAAUAUAAUGUAAAAUGCUUUCUUAUUGCAAACUAAAUUUGUGGUACGAUUUUACAAAUGUACCGAGUAAAUUGCAAGCAUCGAUCUAUCAUUGUUCAGGCUCUACGUUUAUCAGUCAGUAAGUUACUCAAGUCAUAAUAUUAUAGUUAUUCUGCUUGCCGUUUCCGUGAGACUCUCUUAUGAUUAUGCUAGUAGUAUAUUAUGAUGUAGAGAUAUAUAUUAUAUAUUACUAUUUAUUAUUUAUUAUUAUUAUAUAUUAUAUAAUUAUGUAUAUAUUAUCAUCACUCCGCGAGAUGUGUACGUAAGUUAAUAAUUUCUAACACUUUGAAUAAAGAUUUUAUUUAAAUGGUUGCCAUAGACUACUAAAAAUAACUUAUUUUACUAUCUGAUAGACAGAUGGCGCUUGUGUAAUUUCAUAUAUAUGUAGAUUAUUUAAUUAUGUUCCCGUAACUAGGUAACGUACAUAUGUUAAAUUCAAUAAAUUGUUGAAAAAUGCAUUUUCGUUAAUGGUAAUGUAAUCGUUAUUGUAAUAAUAAAAAUCCAAGAUAUUCUACAGAAUAAAAUUACGAUUCCUUUAUAAUACAUAAAGAAUAAAUUGAUUUUUUUGUAAUCGGUUGGUAGACAAUCCAAUAAACAAAAAAAUAUUACCAUGGAACAAAUAAAUGACUCAGUUGAAAUAUUGAAUAUUGUAAGAUCAAUUGUUUAUCAUUUAAAUAUCACCAACUUGGCUAACAUGACACGAAAAAUUAUUGCUUUGCCAAUAAAUAAUAUAAAACUACUUGAAGAAGUGACAGAUAUAAUAUAUGAUCGAGCUUUACAAAGACAAAAUUACACACACGUAUAUGCCGAUAUGUGUGCAAGUUUGAUUAAUGACUCAAAAUUUAAUAAACUUAUUACAAAUACUGAAAUUUCAUUUCAAAAAGUUCUGUUAAAAAAAUGCUCUGACGUAUUUCGUACUUUAACAAAACAUAACCCACGAGAAUUAGACAAAUUAAAACAGAUAAUGCAAAACAAAAAUUUGGAGCAACAAAUGUUUAUAAGCGCUUUAAAUAGUUAUCAAUUUGAAUUUAGCAAAAAAGUUGUAUCAAAUUGCAGAUUUAUCAGUGAACUGUAUAGAAAGGGUGCUAUUCCAGAAAAAAUUAUAUUGUCAUACAUUACAGACUUAAGUUAUGAAAAUGAAGAAUUACAAUUGUAUUGUUUAUGUAUAAUACUUCAAUUAACAGGUCCAAUAUUAUCAAAAGAAUAUGAUUUAAACGAAGAAGUUGAUACACUUUUAUUUGCUAUAAAUAAUUAUACAAUGUCUUCAACAUUAAAAUGUUUGAUACUGAAAGUACAAAAAAUGCAUUCUGAGGGAUGGAUAAAGGAGGAAUCCAACAAAUAUAUUGGAAACAUUUAUACGAAAUUUAGUGAAUUACCAAAAGAAAUGAAAAAUAUGUAUACAUUAAAAUCAUAUAAUAUAAUGGCAUUGUUGAUUUAUGAUGAGUGUUAUGAUGUUCUAUUCGACUUUGUCGACAACAAGAAAAUUGAUCAAGUUAUACGUUUAUUAAAAAUGAACAAAUUUUUGAUUCGUUAUGAUCCUAUAACUUUUGUUGUAUCAAUGAUUCUUGUGGCACUAGAAGAAAAUCAAAACAUAAGAAAUUAUGCUGGAAAACUUUUAGAUAAUAUUGUUAAAAAGAAAUUAUUGUCAAAUCAUUCAAUUCGAUCAGGAGUCAACAAAGUAUUGAAUGACUUAGGCAUUAAGGAAGAAUAUCCAAAUUUGUCAAAUUUAAUGUUAGAUAUAACUAGUCAAUUUAAAGUUUAAUGUUUGUAGAAAUUGGAUUUGUUAUAACUACUUUUUUUGUAGUAUUUUGUAUUAAAUCAUAUUUUUUUGUUGAAUUAUUUUUUUAUAAAAUAUGUUUUAAGAUACAUAGAUUUACCUAUUUUGAUGUUAUAUAAAUUUUUAUAAAUUUUUUAUUUUUCUGACUGUCAAACAAAUAAAUAUAA